AUGACUUCUAAAGUAUCGUCUUCUCUAAUAUCAUCAAUGGUUUCAUUUUUAUGUGAUUUGAUACGUAUUCGUUCGGUUUGUGGGAUUAAUGCCGAACGUUUUGUUGCUGAACGAAUUUGUGUUGAAUGUCAAAGUUUAAGACUAAAAUGUGAGUUAGUAUCAGUACCCAAUCAAGAACAUCGACCAAAUCUUACUUUAGGAAAUGGUCCUUCAAAGUUUUUGUUUGUCGGUCAUAUGGAUACGGUGAGUGUUGAAGAUGAAACUCAAUGGUCAUUUCCACCAUUUGCCGGUAUGAUUGAUGACAAGACUCAAAGACUUAUUGGACGUGGUUCAUGUGACAACAAAGGGGGUAUUGUUUGUGCUUUGUACACAUUGUAUUUGCUUCAACAACUUAUUGAUGAGCAAAAAUUAAAUGUUAGUAUUCAAUUAGCAUGUGUUGUUGAUGAAGAAAGUGGUGCUUGUUCAUCAAUUGGUGUUCGUUAUUUAUUAGAUAGAAAGUUAAUUUCGGGUUCUGGUGCUAUCUACGUCUAUCCAGGCACAAAUGUCACUAUUGGACAUCGAGGACUAUUACGAUUAGCAAUUGAAGUAAAGGGUGAAAAUGUGCACACUGGAAGUGUAGAAUGGAAUACUAAAGUGAAAGGAGCUAAUGCGGUUCCUCGAAUUUUAAUAGCAUUGGAGGAUUAUGCGUGGAAUAAUGAUAAAGAUCCAUCCUUUCCUAAUUUAACAUUGACUGUGACCCCAGGUACGAUCUUGAAUGGCGGCGGUUUUGUCUCUGUUGUUCCGUCGAAUGCUUCAGCUAUGGUUGACAUUCGCCUAAUGCCAUCGACAUCUGUUGACGAUGUUUUUAAAAAAAUUGAAGACAUCAUAAAAAAUAUAAUUAAUGAAAGAAAUGAAUAUUAUCGUAAAACGACACCUGAUUCAACUUCAUCUGCUCGAUUAUCGGCAUCUAUUACAAUUAAAAACCAAUUACCAGCUGCAACAAUUGAUUCAAAUCAUCCACUAGUUCUCUCUUGUGUGAAUGCAGUUAAAAAGAUACUCAACAUUAUUCCUACAACCAAUGGAUGCGGUCCAGCUAACGAAGGAUAUAUGUUAAUUGAUAGUGGUAUUCCAACAAUUUGUGGGUUUGGACCAGUUGGAGGCAAUGUUCAUGGAGUUGACGAGUGGUUAUCAGUUCCAUCAAUGGCUCAAACGGUCGAUAUUUACGUUGAUAUUGUCUCUAAUUAUUGCCAGUUAUUCGUAUAA